AUGGAAAUAAAGUCUUACAUUAUUAAAACCCUGCAAAAAUUGCAAGCGAAGGUUAACAACACCUCUCCAUACUGUAAUAUUAAAGAAAUUGCCCCUGCCGUUCUUACGAAAUAUAUCGACGGAUGGAAUUACAUCGCCAGCUUUGGACCAGGACCAAACGGGCCGAACUACGAAGACGACGCACAUUUCUCGGCGCGACUCCGUUGUCGCCGUUCCAGAUAUAUCGACGUAAUUACGUCGCCAGCUUUGGGCCAGACAGGCCUCCCUACCGUAUACGCGCUGAGCUGGCCAGCCAAAGCUGGAACAACGAGAGUAGCAAAGUCCGAACAUACUUCUUAUUUUUAA